AGAAGACCAAGCGACCGGAAGGCGGGAAUUCGAGGCGAUUGAGCGUUUGAUUGACGGCCGCGGUUUUAACUGUUGACAUCCUGCUGGAGGGUGUAGUUAGCUUGCUGGACGACCUCCAAAUUUCAUGCUCGCCAUUUCCUUUAGGCAUUACGGUAAUUUCAAGAGAGCGCCACAUAUAAGGUCAGCCAUGCCACUGCAGGCCUUCUCCUUCCCUUGCCCUGAAACUCGAUUCUUCAAAGCAGGUAGUUGUAUCUACAAGUUCAAGAUCAGAGGAGGCAGCAGCUUCAGAGGAGAGAAAAAUAUGGGAGGAAACUGCCUCAAUCAGGAACUUGAGGACAUUAUCAGAACUGUUCUUGGCAACCUGGACAGUCUCCAACCCUUCUCUAGUUCCCACUUCAUUGUCUUCCCUUAUAGGAAGAGGCGAAAGGGAGCGUCUAAGGGGAUGUGCAAACAUGGUGAGAUGAAUCUGAGAGCCUACCCGUUUAGUCUCAUCCUCUACCUGGAGAAAAACGUGCAGAAAGAAGAAGCCAAGCAAGCAGAGGAGAAGUUGAGCUCAGAGAAACGCGUGGCACAGCAGUUCCCCCCCGUUUCUGAGCCCCAGUCAAAGCGCCAUAAAAGCGAUUCACCACUAGAGGAGGCCAUACUAAAGGACUUAAUCAAGGACAUGGUGGCUGAAAGCGAGGUUUCUGUGGUUGGGCGCUCUCUGUAUUGUCCACAAGUUGAGAGAGAGGUGAAAGAAGAUCCAGGACAUGCUGACAAGAAAGGUUCAAAGGGGAUUGACGUACCCCAGCAGAAAUUGGGUGUCAACACGGUCAGAGGAAGUUGGACUGCAGGUGAAGUGCAUCCUGGGACAGUUCAGAGCAUGGGAGAGGAGGAGAGGGAUGAGAAGGAAGAAAAUGCAGACUCUGGGGCACCAGGGAUUUGGACUCGAAUGGCCAGCCACAUCUUCCCCUUCUCCUUGUUCUUCAGGGACCCCUGAGGGCCCCGUGCUAGAGAGACACGGGAUGGUUCUGGUUCCAGCAGUGGAAACUCAUUUGGGUUUGUUUGGGUAAAGUUCUGCGCUGCCGUCAAAAACUGUUUUCAGAUUUGUUUUUUCACAAAUAGUAUUUCAUUAACCUGUUGGUUUUUCAUUUUUAUUAUCCACCAUACAUCUUCCAUAUAAGUGUCAUUGUUUUUUUUCUUCAUUUUUCUGAGAUAUCUCCUGUUCAUGGAUCCUUUGAUUUUAUAAAUCAGUGUUUUGUUGAUGCCAUGAGCAAAUAAAUACAGUAUGGUUACUUCUUUGUUUCCAUUGGAAGUUUUUUUGUGAUUUUAUGUUGUUUUAUAUUGCUCUAUUAUGGAUGGAGUCUUUGCUAUUAGCUUGUUUCACAUUAUUGUUUUUUAUAUCAUCACCUGUAAUACCUGGAUCCUGUAUUUUUGCUUGUAUUGUAUAGUUCUCUUUUUUACAACGGAAUCAGACUCUACAUCAUCUCUGCGACUUCAUAGAUAAUACUUCUUAUGGAUUUACUUUCUCAAGAUUUUCCCCUUCCUCCAAAUCCAACAAAGCAGCAGUGUGUCUUUCAUUUCUCAGUUUCCUAUCUUAAAUUCUGCUACAUUUAACUUUCCUUUCAUGAUCUGUGACCCCAUCUGCAUUUGAUUUAUAUUGUGUUAUUAA